ACACAUCUGUAAACCUGGUUCAUUAAUUAAAUGGCUUUAGUCCGGCUAGGCCUCAGUGUGCGCUGUUGAGCAGCAGGCGGCGGGCGGUGCAACACUACUUGCCCGGUGUGCAGCCCACAAUCACACGGGUAAAGACACAACUCAAGGCCGAGGAUUGGACUCCAAAGCGUAGUGAGUGUGUAGUCUAUGUUGGAUAAAGUCAGUCGGUGUAUUGAGGCGGCUCUCUCCACCUGGACCUGGACCUGGACCUGGUGGAGUUUGUGGGGACAGUUCGAGGAGCCGUUAAUUAUCUCUGCCAGCUAACAGGCUAGCUAGCAAAGUGACACGAUUGUGAUUAGCUCCUUUAUGUUGUUAAUUUGCGGAGCGGGCAGUCUCAUCGGAGAUUAAGUUGUCCAGUGUUUGCAGUUUCUGAGGAGGACUGUCUGUCUGAACUGGAUUAAUGAGGAGUCUGGAGAGACAGGUAGUGAAAGCAAUGGGGUGACGGAGUGGCUGUGCCCCCUGUGCCAAAAAGGACAACGUGACAGAUCCUCUUUGUCUCUUCAUCUCACCGAUCAACACAGCGUUCUUCAGACUUGUGUUGACAGACUGCUGGACAUUGCGGUUCUGAAACAGGCUACUCGUGCACAAGAGGACAAAGAUGCUCACAGGCUUUCAGAUGCUGGAUUAUCACAACUGAAGCCCUCCGAAGACGUCACUUCAGCCCCCCGCCAAUCUAGUGAGAAUUCAGACGCCACCCAGAGGCUUGGAGACGGAGAAAUGGAGGGAGAGAGAGUAGUGGAACAGGAAGGGGUUGGACCUGAACCGGGGCCAGAGGAGGAGGGAAAUCCUCUCACAGAAGCCAAACAGCAAAAUGCAGCUGGAAACACAGAAAUCCCAGACGCCAGUGAAAAGCCACUUGGUAAAAACGGUGUGCCUGCCGACAAUAACACUCGGUUCAAAUGCAAUGCCUGUCUGGAAGCUUUUCCCAGCAGAACUGCCCUGAGUGUUCAUUACAACUCUGCAGCCCACAUUCAGAGGAUGACUACAGGCUCUUCAAAACAAGGUGAUGAAAAUGAGACUCAAGCCCACUCAGUUCCUGUCCUGCCCCGACCAUAUAUAUCAAACAAACCCUACCAGUGUGCUAUAUGUCGAGUCUCCUACAAUCAUGCCAUCACCCUGGAGAGCCAUAUGAAAUCUGUCUUGCACCAGUCCCGCAGCAGAAAUGCUGGAAUUGUUGCACAAGCUGCAAACAGUGCAGUGGCUGCUACUAGUUUGGGAGUGAACACCACAAGUGCUCCAAACGCUGUAGUGGCCACAUCUGGAAGUGGAAAUAGCCAGUUAGUCACCACCACCAGUUGUUCUGUUCCUGGGACAUUGAUGAUGACUGCUACGAAAGACGGAGAGCAUAUCUCAUCCUCCCAGGUUAUUCCCCCCCUGCUCACCUCCCCUGUGGCCUCUGCUCAGGCAGUUUCAGCUUUUCUCACUCUUCUCACAUCUAGUCCCAGCACCCUCUCACACUCCCUCCUCCCCUCCCUCUUUGCGGCUGGUGCUGCUCCGGGUGCCACCGUGCCUCAGCUUGUGCCUCAGCCUCAAAUGGUCAUGCCCUUGAUCUUGAAUGGGCUCCAAGCCCAAACCCAGCAGCAUCAAGAGAACCAGCAAGGCCAGCUACUUACCCAGUGUGUGCCAUUUGUAGGUCUCAGUACAGCCCAGCAAGCUCUCCUAACCCAAAGACUUAACAGCUUACAGAACCAGUGGCCAUCUGCAGGAGUCUCAACAAACAUACAGCUCUGCCUUGAAGGGCAAAAAGAGACUUUACAGGUUGAGAAAGAACCAGAGAGCAAGGACAGUGAUGAGGCAGUUGAAGAGCAAGGAUCAGAUCAGAUCAAGGACAGAAAGAACUGGACUACAGAGAAACUUAAGGACAAUGACAGUAAAGAAUUUGAUCAGUGUCCUUAUAAAGAGAGCAAAGCGAAGGUUGAGCAUGAAGACAAUGAGAAGGCGCACAGAGAUAGCACAACAGAUGGAGAAAGCUUGAGUAAUCAGUUGGACCUGGAAGGUGAUAAAGCAGCUCUCCUCAAUCUCUCUCCAGCGGAUACAGAGAGGAACCUCCGCAAUAAGAACCUCUCGCCUUCAGCAUCAGUGCCCAGCAACUCAAGCCUCAGUCCUGUACAUAUAAACCUUACACUUAGCCCUGAUUCUACCCCUCAGAAAUCUCAGUCAAGCACUAGCCCUUGUGGUUCUCUUGGCACCCCGAAAGCUAGCCCGAGUGCAAAUGCCUUAACCAACAACCAAACCCGACCCCAUUGUUAUUCAAAGGGAUCCAUGUAUCCAGACCUUCCAGCCAUGUCCGAGUUCCAGAUGGAAGUCCUUUGGGCAUUCUUUGAGUCACGUAGUGAGGCUGAUGCUGCCAGUCCACCACAUGAAGACUGCGAGGCGCUUGGGAGAGAGGUUGGUCUGUCAGAGGUGGAGGUACGUAGGUGGUUAAGCCAAGCCCGACUUGCUAAACGGAAACAGAGAGAGACAGAACUAGGACACAUACACGGCUUGGCAGGACUCAUACGGCAUGCCCAAAGUUCUGACAAUGACUAUGAUGAUGAAGAAAGGUCUCUGAUCAUAGCAGAAGGUGAGGAUGAUGCUGAAGCCUCAGGUAGUCAGGCGAUUGAUUUGUCCAGUACUAGAAGGAAACACAGACAGCGAUAUUUGGGGAGGGAGGGUCAGACAGAUGCAUGUCUCACCUCUGACUCAGAGAACGAGGUUUACACCUCUGUUAUUGUGUCUGAUGAGGAGACUCCUAAUGGGUCUACAAGGGAGGCUCCUGGGAGCCCGGUUAAAGAUGAAGCACAGUGGGAGGUCCAUGGGGAUAAGGGGCUGGCUGGAGGGAAGGUCCUACGUUCCACAACUGUGUUUCUUUCUGAUGCAGAGGAUGAAUAUGAGGAUGAGGAUGGAGCGGGGGAGCAGAGGUCUCACAGGAAAAAACGAAAGGGGGAGUUUGAGCAUGAUGAGGUGGAGGUUAAGAAGGAGAGACAGGACCCAGAUGUGGAUCUAGAGUUGGAGGCCCAAGGGGACCCUCCAAAUUCACUCUCCCACGCUUUGGACCACACUGACAUCCCAACUGGUGCUAUCCACUCACUUCCCCUGUCUCUUGCUCCCUUUUCCACCCAGUUCCUCAGCCCCUAUGUCCUUUCACUUGCUCCUUCAAUGAUUGGAGAUGGGAGCAAAUUACCUGUCUUCCCUAACCCCCCUACUAUCACACGCUUCUCCAGUUCUCUUCUUUCACAGUCUCUCUCCUCCAACAACCAGACCUCUCACUUCCUGUCUAAUGGUGGUGAUUGUGAGUCUGCUCUGGAUCUCAGCAUAGGGAAAAACAACUCAAAAUAUGCUUCUUCCUCUACAUCUCUGGCUGAUAAAAUUGCAACACAGAAGGGACAGUUACUUGAUGGGCUUGGCCUGAGGCCCACAUCUAAAGGUCUGGUAGUUGUCCAGGUAAAGCCUGAAUCUGCUAAUGCCAUGCCCUCAUAUAACAGCAGUAUGAGUCUGGUCAACUGCAACAACAUGACAAAGUCCAGUAUUUACAUGAGAGCAGCAGAGAAAAUGAACGCCACACUUUUGGAUAAGGAGAGAGAAAAGGAAAAGGAGCAGGACCAGCAGCAGAGGAAGUCCAAAGGCAAAAGAUAUAGGGACAUGCGACGUUCAAGAACCAUCAUUCAAGCUGAGCAGCUUGACAUUCUGUAUGGCUGCUAUUUUAAAGACCCAAAUCCUGGGAAACAUGAAUUUGAACAGAUUUCAGAGUGGGUCCACCUUCCAAAGAAGGUGGUUCAGAUAUGGUUCCAGAACAUGAGGGCAAGGGAACGGAAAGGUGAGGUUCGAUUCAUCAGUGACGGGACCUUGGCAGCGGUUGGCAAACCUCUGAUCAAAUUUACUUGGCCCCUUUCAAAACCCAUCUUCUCCAACAAGGCACAAAAUAAUACUGGUUGCAUCACAACAACACCGAUUGUGCGCACACUCAUUAAGACGGAGAGAGAGCCUGUGAAGGAGCUGGCCAAACCGGCUGUGCUGAAAAAAAUUGUCCCAGUCCCCAUUAAGCCCAAGGAAGUGCCAAAGACCACCCUGGAAACUACCAGCAAUGUCACUAUGGUCAAAGUUGCACCAAAAGUCACCCCCCCUGUCCUUUUAGUACCACCCAAGGAUCUAAUCCCUAUAGCACCAAGACCUCCUCAGAAAAGAAAGCUAGAAGAGGAGAGUGAGGAAGAAAAGACUGACGAGGAGAAAGACAAUGCAGACGAGAUGGGUCGUGGACCAGGAACCACUAACCGCAUGGUUCCCAAACUGGCCACAACACCCAUUAACAACAGGCCCAAUGCCACAAACGUGGUGACACAAAAACAGAACGGGCUGAACUACUGGACCUCCAAAGUCCCUAUCAAGAUCAACACUAUUUCAAGAGAACAGUUGGCUCUUCCUACACACACGCCUCCUCGUACCAUCCCCCCUCCACCCACCCCCAGCAUUGCACCAGUCAGCCCAAAUACCCCAUGCACUGCCAAAGUGGCCAUCCCCCCCACCCCAGUUGUUUCUAAAUCAAGCCCAUCGGAAAGCAGCUUUCUGCCCCAUUCAUCCAGCCGUAGACCACGAACACACCUGUCCUGUCUACAACUCUCCAUUCUGCAGUCCUGUUACGAGACCUGCGCCCAUCCCAACGCCAUGGAGUGUGAGGCUAUUGGCACUGAGCUCAACCUGCCACUCAAGGUGGUGCAGAUCUGGUUCCAAAACACCAGAGCCAAGGAGAAGCGCUGGAGGCUGCAGCAAGAGAAAAUUUCCCCUCUGUCCGGUGGGAAAGUAGACCUGAGCUCAGGAAGUUACCUGCAGUACAACGCUCUCAAAGCCAACCGGCCCAUCCUGCCGAAACCAGUUCAGCUGACAGUCAAUGACCCUCCAGCUUCCCCGGCGGCGGGCCAGACUGCGCAGAAGGAGACUCUGACGGGGCGCUGCGAUGCCUGCAACGUCUCCUUUGAAUCUCGAGCUGCAGCGAGGGCCCACGUGUUCUCUCCGCGUCAUCUGGCAACCUUGAGAACGACUAAUUUUGGCCAACCAACGACGCUUGUCAACAAGAACGGAACCAGUAAUGGUGGACCUGGCAGUGUUGUGUCGGGCUUACAGGUCUCUCAGUCUCCAGUAACUGGUUCUGGCUCUGUAGGGGAGAUGGUUAGUGAGGCACCUCCACCAUCAGCUACCAGCAACAGUUAAAGACUCAGAUCAGCAUUGGUCUGCACACUGACUUUUCUUGGACCCAUUUGGGCUCCUCUGAUUUUAAUAAAUAUGAGCACUAAUCCUCAGAAACUAAUUUUCUUUAGUUUUUGAACUGGCUCCCCUUGCAUCCGCUGCCCCUUGUUAGACCUUCACUGACUCCAGUUAGUCUAUAAACCUCAUCUGGAUUCUGAUACAACAGCAGACUGUUUCCACGCUGCUUCCACUUUUUCAGUGGCAGUUUGAGAAGUGAUGAACACAUCUCUUGUCUCCCUCAGUCCUCACACACCUUACCCAAACUGUUUUGGUCCUAAGCCUGUGGUUAUAUACCCCCUUCCUCCAGUGACCUUCCUAUACCUUGUUAAGGCAUUUAACUUGCCAUGCUUGAACUGACCUACGCAGGGGUGUGUCCUCUCUGGAAGUGGCCAUCUGAAGGUCAGCCUGGAAACACUUUUGGGAUAAUACCAUGAAAUACUUGCAUCACGGACUCCCAGUUUGCUCCUGUGGAUUUCUUUGUCUCAUGCCUACUCACUUUUAGGGAGAGAAUGCUUUGAAAUAAUAUGACUGGACUGAAUCAUGGGCAGAAGGACGAACUGGUCUUGACUGUCACUUUUUUACUUUGCUACAGCAGUGUGAUUUGAAGAGUGUUGUGUCCACUGAUUUGGGGUCUAAAAAGAGGUACUUUAGAGAGAACAGGGCUGUUAACUUGUCCCCAUUUACAUGUUGAUAGUUUUCAUGACAAUCCAAAUACACAGGGCAAAAAGAGAGGCUGAGGAAAUCAGAGUCUUGGCAUACUGCACUUUGACACAUUUAACUUUGAGAUGUUUUUAAGCAUUCUAAUGCAAGUGUCUUUUUAUGAAAAGAUACGUUCAUGCAUGUUGGAUGCCUUAAUAUAAAUCACAUGAAUUACAUUGAGUUUUGCUAGUGUAACGGGACAUGCUUUAGAUGUGAGCAUAAUAAUGUGCAAGAAGCAGACCUGGGUAUAAAACUACAGAAGAGCUCUGUUCCAAAAUGCUUCUAUAUCCACCAUGGGGAAAUAUUUGAAAGUUCUACUCUGUGUCUAGAUCAUAGAAAAUCCCGCCUGUAAGGUUGUCUCCAUUCUCCCGGCCAAGGACCAUAGUUACCAACUGUCUUGUUUUUACUACAAACUCCUUUGAUCCUGUGGAUUUCUCUUUCCCUUUAAAUUGUGUAUAUCUCAUUUUGAAAUGCAGCUCUUCAAACUAAUUGGGGUAAAGUUGAUGUUUUUGCCUGUCGUUGGUGUGUAAGAUACAGUGUGACCGCCUUAAGAAGAAGAAACACCAUCAGGUCAAUAAAUUAAAGCUAGGUGAUGUUGGUGAAUAAAUUUUAUCCUCAUCUUGCACGGAGGGUCAGAUGUAUUUCAUAAAUAUAGUUUUCUUUCCCAUGAAUACUGUGCAUAACACAGAAGUAACAAAUAUUAUAUUGACAUCGAUAUUUAUACAAAUGGCAAUGUAAGCAAUUAAAACUGGGUGUGAAAGAUUUUAUUUAGGUCAAAGCCAAGUCUCUUUCAAUAGAAGAGAAAAAGCUUGAACAGGCUUUUUGUGUACUUCCCCCUCUUUGUUAGGUUUUGAUACAGAGUUACUUAUUCAAGUAAUGUAUGUGCUGUGAAAUUAGAUCCAUCAUUUGGAAACCAUGACAAGGGAGAGAGUUGGGUUUUACUUGCAUCCUUCAGAGAAUAAUGAAUACUCAGAUCUUGGCAGCAAAUUGGGAAACAUUAAUGUUUUGACUAAGAGCUAGUACGAUGGUGCUGUGUUGAAGGACACAUAACAUACUAAAGAUGUAUUCCUUCAAUUUAAGUUGUAUAUUAAUGUUACGAUAGUUUUAACUAAAUGCAAAACUAAAACCUGAACUUUUGUAAAGAAAUAUAUAAAAGAACUGAUAUUCCAAAGUAAUCCUCCCUUUGCUUUCUGUCAUUCAAAAACCAAAAAGCAAUCUUGAGGUCGACAGAGAGCAGGAGAGGUGUUUGUAAAUGCAAACUGUAGGACAACCCACGGCUUGACACUUGCACUAGUCCACAAUUUUUGCACAAGCUACAGACAUUUCAAAUGAACACAGCCAUUUACACAGUACAGAGAGACACUUGGUAGGGUUUUUGAAACAAGAAGGGAAACGAUAUCCUUUCACGAGUAAUCCUUUUUACUCCUGUUGGAAACUGUAUCUAUUGUGUAAAGCAAGGACUGGAGUGCUUUAACUUCAAGACUGGGAUUCUACACACACGCACACACACAGACAUGGUGUUGCACUGUCCAAACAAGCUAGGUUUUUAUGGAGAUCUGCUUUUUAUUCCUGUAUGUUUCAUUGUCACUUUGAUUAUCACUCUUGUUAUUAUAGUACUACUACUUAUACAAUUUAUCGUUACUACUCAUCACUGUUAUUAUUAUUGAUCCAUAAUGGUUUUAAAUGCUACCACUUUGCUCAAAGACAGUAUGGUAAUCCUCUGAAGAUUGAACAAUAAUAGUGGCAGUGUGGUUAUAAAUUGUUAGACUUUUGAUUAAGCUUUUUUUUCCUCCUCACUUGUACCUGCCUUUUGUGUUUGGUCUCCAUUAUGCUUUCUUUGAUAUACAAAAAAAAGAAAUAAAAUCAGUUGAACUACAA